GUGUGUGAGAGUGUAUCAGUCGACAGAUACACCUUCUUUUAAAAUCGCGGCAGACGCACCGACGAAAAGCACACACACGGCGGCGGCUCGAGUCAUCGGUCGUGUUCGGUUUUUCAUCUCUCUCUCAUAUCUUCUCCUUUUUUAGUUCCUUGACCGGCCGCGAUCAGUGUCGUCCCUGCAGCAGUUAUUAUUAUUAUAAACAUCGAUACACAUAUAUAUACACCUAAACAUUAUCAUUAUUAUAUUAUCAUCUUCCGUCGUCGGUGCACUCUUCAGUCCGCGCUCUCGUGUGUGUGUGUAUUUUUUCCCGGGCUUUUAAACCGGGCCAUUAUAAAUACGGGGUGCACGCGCUCAACAGCAUUCAGUAUCCGACCGGCUUUUCGUCCGACGACACUUCAGCGGCUCUUUGCUUUUUCUAUUAUCAAUUUAUACCGGCCACUCUCGCGUAUAAUCCGAUAUUUCCGAAAGAUAUCGCCGCCGCCGAAGUGUUUGACGUUUUUAUAAAAAAAAUUUUUUUGAAAAUUUUUGAAAAUUUUCUUCACCGCCGCAGCAACGAUGGGUUUGGAUCCGACUGGACUGUACUGAGUGUACACUUAACGACUACAUCUCAACCGAUCCGUCAAAUCGCCCCAACGAUUUUGCGCAAAGCACAUAUAAACCAACCGAGAAUUUUUCCAAAAAUUCAAUCUCGACUUUCUUCGUAUAUCGAACCGAAUCCACGACAAAAAUAAUCAUCAUGUGCGGAGGAGGACCGAAACUCGACCCAACUGGCCUCUACUAACCAGCGUAGAUGCAUCAAACAACCAACACACACACACAAUUCAACAUUAUGUUUAAAUCAGGUUUACGAAAAAACACGAAUUCCGAGAUCAUGGCCCCAAAAGUCAGCACCUUCUACCACGGCACAAUUAGGCAUCUGUAUUGGCCUCAAACAACAGUUCGUUGGAGUCAAGAUUUUGUAUGAAGACAAUAAGUUUUGUUCAAUUUUCUCACAUAAGACUCGAGGAGGACGACGGAUGAUGAUAUUCACAACAGAAUAUUAUUAUUAUUAUUAUUAUUUUUUGACUAUUUAAAAUCUCAAAAUAGUUUUAUUGUUAAAUUUGUCUGUUUUUAAUAUUUUCGUUUCCUCCUCGCUUUUUUUUUAUUUUUAUCAUCUGGGUUCACAUGUAGUUUCAUUGGGAAUAUGGACAUCUGUAUUAGUUAGCUGAUCAUAGUCCCCGUGGAAUAGGGUUUGUGUAUUUAUUUAUUUAUUUUUAUUAUUAUUAUAAAUACGUUCCAAGCUUGAAAAAUAUUUUUCUUUCUUAAAUCACAUUGGAUUUUAAUUAAAGUAAUGUUGCUUAUUGUUAACUAUUUAAAAAUUAACAAUAAAUUAAUUUCAGUCUUAUGUUAUUUUUGAACGAUAAUUAUUAUUAUUUUUAUUAUUAUACUAGCUAUUAUUAUUUUUUUUUUUAUAAUGGAAUUGAACUUAUAUUGUAUUCAUCAAAAUGAUUAACAACAAACAUUAGAACACUUUGUAACAAAAAAAAAAAAAAAAUCACGUGUAUUAAUACGUAGGCUUAAAAGACUGACUUAACUCUGGACUUCUAUCUAUAAAAUAAAGUGUUUGUUUUCCAAUUAUUCUAAUAAUGUAUAGUCUCAGGAACAAUGUUUUUUCUAUUUUUAUAAUAUUAAUCUUCUCCGUAUAUUUUAUUUAUUUUUGUACAUAAAAACAUGAAAUAAAAGUGUUUAAAAAAUUA